GUCUAAGCAGCCUUUAUCUUCCCGUUGCUAGGGAAAUGGUCCAGGACUGCUGGGUGUGAGCCUCACCUCUCCUCCAGCCGAGACUGCGGUUGUCAGUGAUCCAUUGAAGAAACAGGACCUGAUAUAAGAGACAUUAGCAAUGAUGUGUGAAGUGAUGCCCACGAUUAAUGAGGACACCCCAAUGAGCCAGCGGGGGUCCCAGAGCAGUGGCUCCGACUCAGACUCCCAUUUUGAGCAAUUGAUGGUCAAUAUGCUGGAUGAAAGGGAUCGUCUACUAGACACACUUCGAGAGACCCAGGAAAGCCUCUCACUUGCCCAGCAAAGACUCCAGGAUGUCAUCUAUGACAGAGAUUCACUCCAGAGGCAGCUGAAUUCAGCCCUACCUCAGGACAUCGAAUCACUAACAGGAGGGCUGGCUGGUUCUAAAGGGGCGGAUCCACCGGAAUUUGCUGCACUGACUAAAGAACUGAACGCUUGCCGGGAACAACUUCUAGAAAAGGAAGAAGAGAUCUCAGAGCUGAAAGCUGAAAGAAACAACACAAGACUAUUACUGGAGCACUUGGAAUGCCUUGUGUCACGCCAUGAAAGGUCACUAAGGAUGACGGUGGUGAAGCGACAGGCCCAGUCUCCCUCAGGAGUGUCCAGUGAGGUGGAGGUUCUCAAGGCUCUGAAAUCUUUGUUUGAGCACCACAAGGCCUUGGAUGAAAAGGUAAGGGAGCGACUGAGGGUUUCUUUAGAAAGAAUCUCUGCCUUGGAAGAGGAACUAGCUUCAGCUAAUCAGGAGAUUGUUGCCUUGCGUGAGCAAAAUGUUCAUAUUCAGAGAAAAAUGGCAUCAAGCGAGGGAUCCACAGAGUCAGAGCAUCUGGAAGGGAUGGAACCUGGCCAGAAAGUUCAUGAAAAGCGUCUAUCCAAUGGCUCCAUAGACUCAACAGAUGACACCAGCCAGAUAGUUGAGCUACAAGAGUUGCUUGAAAAGCAAAACUACGAAAUGGCCCAAAUGAAGGAACGCUUAACAGCGCUUUCUUCCAGAGUGGGAGAAGUGGAACAGGAAGCAGAGACAGCAAGGAAGGACCUCAUAAAAACGGAAGAAAUGAACACAAAAUAUCAGAGGGACAUUCGGGAGGCAAUGGCUCAGAAGGAAGAUAUGGAAGAAAGAAUCACAACCUUGGAGAAACGUUACCUCUGUGCUCAGAGAGAAUCUACCUCUAUUCAUGACAUGAAUGAUAAACUAGAAAAUGAAUUGGCAAACAAGGAAGCCAUCUUGCGGCAGGUUCAAUGGAAGAAAGAACAGGCAAUUACAAGAGCGUUAGAACUGGCUGAGCAAAAUUACAGCAGACUAUGGAGAAAGGCCGAAACUCUGCCAGAAGUGGAGGGACUGGCUCAGCGAAUUGCAGCCCUAACAAAGGCUGAAGAAAGGCAUGGAAAUAUUGAAGAGCGUAUGAGACACCUAGAGGGUCAACUGGAAGAGAAGAAUCAGGAACUUCAAAGAGCUAGGCAAAGAGAGAAAAUGAAUGAGGAACAUAAUAAAAGAUUAUCUGACACCGUGGACAGGCUUCUGACAGAAUCUAAUGAGCGCCUACAGCUCCACUUGAAGGAAAGAAUGGCCGCGUUGGAAGAGAAGAAUGUUUUGAUUCAAGAAUCAGAGACCUAGAAAAAUCUUGAAGAAUCUUUACAUGAUAAGGUACUUGUAGCAGAAGAAAUUGAGAAGUUAAGAUCUGAACUUGACCAAAUGAAAUGAGAAACUGGCUCUCUAAUUGAACCCACUAUAUCAAGAACGCAUCUAGACACCUCAGCUGAGUUGCGGUAUUCAGUUGGAUCCCUAGUGGACAGCCAGUCUGAUUACAGGACCACUAAAGUAAUCCGGAGACCCAGGAGAGGCCGUAUGGGUGUGCGAAGAGAUGAGCCAAAGGUGAAAUCUCUUGGCGAUCACGAAUGGAACCGAACUCAGCAAAUUGGAGUACUGGGCAGCCACCCAUUUGAAAGCGACACUGAAAUGUCCGAUAUUGACGAUGAUGACAGAGAGACAAUUUUUAGCUCCAUGGAUCUUCUCUCUCCAAGUGGCCAUUCGGAUGCUCAGACUCUAGCUAUGAUGCUUCAAGAACAAUUGGAUGCAAUCAAUAAAGAAAUCAGGCUAAUUCAAGAAGAAAAGGAAUCUACAGAAUUGCGUGCCGAAGAAAUCGAGAACAGAGUGGCUAGCGUAAGCUUGGAAGGCCUGAAUUUGGCAAGGGUCCAUCCUGGUACUUCCAUCACUGCCUCUCUUACAGCCUCCUCGCUGGCCAGCUCAUCUCCCCCCAGUGGACACUCAACGCCAAAGCUCACACCAAGAAGCCCUGCCAGGGAAAUGGACCGCAUGGGAGUCAUGACCCUGCCAAGUGAUCUAAGAAAACAUCGGAGAAAGAUUGCAGUGGUGGAAGAAGAUGGACGGGAAGAUAAAGCAACAAUUAAAUGUGAAACUUCGCCUCCCCCAACACCCAGAGCCGUCAGAAUGACUCACACACUUCCUUCUUCCUACCACAACGAUGCCCGGAGCAGUUUAUCUGCCUCUCUCGAGCCAGAAAGCCUGGGCUUGGCAGUGCCCAUAGCAGCCAAGACUCCUCUUCACAAAGCCCCCAAGAAGAAAGGCAUCAAGUCUUCAAUAGGGCGCUUGUUUGGUAAAAAAGAAAAGGCCCGACUCGGGCAGCUUCGUGGGCUUCAUGGAGACCGAAGCUGCAGCGCAGAGUCCCUGGGCUUAGGCAAACUUGGAACUCAAGCCGAAAAGGACAGACGUCUGAAGACAAAGCAUGAACUUCUUGAAGAAGCUCGUAGAAAAGGAUUACCUUUUGCCCAGUGGGAUGGACCCACUGUGGUUGCUUGGCUGGAGCUCUGGUUGGGAAUGCCUGCUUGGUAUGUGGCAGCAUGCAGAGCCAAUGUGAAAAGUGGAGCCAUCAUGUCGGCUUUGUCGGACACGGAAAUCCAAAGAGAGAUUGGAAUCAGCAACCCUCUGCAUCGCUUAAAGCUCAGACUAGCCAUCCAGGAGAUGGUUUCCCUCACGAGUCCUUCAGCGCCUCCGACCUCGCGCACUCCUUCAGGCAAUGUCUGGGUGACCCACGAAGAAAUGGAAAACCUUGCAGCUCCAGCAAAAACGUGUCCGGUCUUUCUACAGACCCUGGCUUAUGGAGAUAUGAAUCACGAGUGGAUCGGAAAUGAAUGGCUUCCCAGCCUGGGGUUGCCUCAAUACAGAAGUUACUUUAUGGAAUGCUUGGUUGAUGCAAGAAUGUUAGACCACCUCACCAAGAAAGAUCUUCGUGUCCAUUUAAAAAUGGUGGAUAGUUUCCAUCGAACAAGUUUACAAUAUGGAAUUAUGUGCUUGAAAAGGUUGAACUAUGAUAGAAAAGAAUUAGAGAGAAGACGAGAAGCAAGCCAACAUGAAAUAAAAGAUGUUUUAGUGUGGAGCAAUGAUCGAGUUAUUCGCUGGAUACAAGCGAUUGGACUUCGAGAAUAUGCAAAUAAUAUCCUGGAGAGUGGAGUUCAUGGCUCACUUAUAGCCCUCGACGAGAACUUUGACUACAGCAGCUUGGCUUUAUUGUUGCAGAUUCCAACACAGAACACCCAGGCCAGGCAGAUUCUGGAACGCGAGUACAAUAACCUCUUGGCCCUGGGAACGGAGCGGCGACUGGAUGAAAACGAUGACAAGAAUUUCAGACGUGGCUCAACCUGGCGAAGGCAGUUCCCUCCCCGCGAAGUCCACGGAAUCAGCAUGAUGCCUGGGUCCUCAGAGACGUUACCAGCUGGGUUCAGGUUAACUACAACAUCUGGGCAGUCAAGAAAAAUGACGACAGAUGUUCCGUCAUCAAGACUGCAGAGGUUAGACAACUCCACUGUUCGCACAUACUCAUGUUGACAAGCCACUCAAAGGAGGCAGCGCUAACCUGCUAUGUUAUCUUUUCAGUAUACACGACCUAAAGUGCACUACUGCCUACGAAGACCAACGGAGAAAGCCUUUACGAAGACUGAAUUCUAAGGAAAUAAUAUACGUAACAGUUUACCAAACGUUAAACACGUGAUUUUGGGGGGGAAGUCAGAUAAUAAGUUUGGUUAGUUUACUAUGAUUGUAAUAAAAACGCUUAAGUCAUCUGAAAUAUGAACAUCACCCACAUCAUAAAUUCUGUACAUCCGAUGCUUUUAUGAGGUGGAAUUCCUUGUUUUUUCAUGUUGUAAUAUAAUAGGCAUUUAUGUAUUACUGUGUAUCAUUUCUUUUUAAAUGUGUAAGUCUUCUGUAAAUGGAUAUAAAUAUGAUUUUUUUAAAAAAAAUAAAAUAUAUGGUUCAUGGAGUCUUGAGUGAAAACAUUGAACAAUUACAAGUCCUGUUUGUAUCUUACCAUUCCACAAUUUUUACAGUCAAUCCGUAUGUUUCCUAGAAGCAUGUUUCAUGCUUCAACAUGCUUCUUCUUUAAGUCUGUCAAACCUUACAGCUGAAAACCUGCCUCUGAUCAUGUAAAAAAAAAUUAAAAAAAAAUAGAGAGAGAAUGAUUUAACCUGGACCGGGAGCCAAAACUUACCUUUCAAGGCAAUCAGGGAUGUGAUGUCCUCUCUCUGUAGAAAAAGCACUGUGAUGGCUCAAUCUCGUUUUCAACAAAAAAACAAAGCCAAACUCUGUUUACAAGCAUCAUAUGCAAUGCUUUUAA